AAGAAUAGUUAAAAAAAUCCUUGGGUAGCAAAUGCCGAACUUUCCAUGAUGGGGAGGUCUUCGUCCCAAGAACCCAAAGGCGUUAGCCUAGUCUACUUUCACUGUAUAGGAUUUAGCUGGCAGAUCUGCGCACGUCUCGGUCAUUUGAUUGUUUGUCAUUCUCCGUGCUUGAUCACGAACAAGUCGCGCUCGUUCAAGUGAAAUAAGGUGUACCGUGUUUUUUUAAGACUUUCUUGCCGACAACUGGAUUAUUUCUCUUCGUCAACAUGAAACUAACCGCCAGCUUAUUUGUCGUUUCGUUGUUUGUGAUUGUCUGCGCCCAACCUGACCGGCCGAGGACUAGAGCCAUUUCAAGAGGUGAGAUUACAUUUAGUGGCAAUGCUAACUUUGGCGAGACGUCUAGAAUUAGAUCUAGAGUCGGUGUUGAUGCUAGAACCAGUAGAGUUGAUGCUAAACCUAGCAAUGUCGAAUCUAAGCCAAGAUUUACCGCCAAACCCAGAGAAACUAGAGUCGAACCUAAACCUAAUGUUCCAGCUAAACCUAAUGUCGAAGCUAAACCAAGAUUUACUGCCAAACCCAGAGACGCUAGAGUCGAAACUAAACCCAGAGAAACUAGAGUUGAUCAACCUAAACCAAGAUUCGAAGCUAAACCUAUUAGAAUCGAACCUAAACCUAAUGUCGAGGCUAAGCCAAGAUUCACCGCUAAACCAAAAGCCGAAGACAAGCCAGUCCUCGAAGCAAAACCAAAAGUCGAAGAAAGGUUUAUAGAAGAGGAUUUCCCCAUUGAAGAAGAUGGCACUAAGGAUAAGGAAGAACCUAGCCUCCAAACCGAAGGUAAACCAUCGAUCGAUGUCGAUGACAACACUGUGACAGGUAACCCAUCCACUGAAGUCAGGGGUAACGUUAUGACAGGCAAUCCAAUGGUUGACGUCAGUAACGCAGCAGCAGUCAACGGAAGUAACUGUCAACAAAACGAUUUACUCAACCGCUUAUUACUACGAGUGCUUUUAAGCUCUAUGAUGACGACAACCACCCAGAAUCCUCUAAUGGAAAAUAUCAACCGUCUGUUUAACAUAAAUCCGACUUCGACGAGUCCAGCAACAGUGAUUACUUCCACAGCCGUUUCAACGGUCACUCAGCUCUUCUCUACUAUUGUCAAUGUGAUGUUCAGAAACAGGAAAUUACCGACAACAAUCUAUUCCAGCUCAACUCUAGUGGUGACGGAGAUCCAAACAGUAACCUCCACCUUCUCUUCUGUGGAACCUUCCGCUCUUUUCCGCUUUAAGCGAGAUACUGAACUAUUUGACGAAAACCAACUGCAAUCUUCACUUCUUGAAUCAACCUCAGUCUCCAAACUGAGAAUAGAACCAACACAGCCGCUGCCCACAUCAUCCGACUUUGCUUCCCACCGUGAUGCAAUGGAACCGGCAAUUGAUAUUGAUCGUUUAAUGGCCGCACUUAAUCAUCCCGAUAUCCGGGAAGCAUGGAAUAAUUUCUUACAAGUUUUGUUUAGAUUUUUGGAAUGAGGCAUAAGCAUUGAGAAUAUAUCACCUCUGCACAAAAUAUGAAAAAAAAAAAAACAACAAAAAACAACGAAAAAAAAAAACAAAAAAAAUAUAUAAAUAAAAUAAAAACAAAAAAAUACAGAUUAUAAAACUAUUAAUAGAACUGGAAGUAGAUUACAGAAUGUUUUUUACGUACUAGUACUUCGAUUGGUCAAAAUGGAAGUAACAUUGUGGGCAUAUUUCUUGUUCUCGACAAAGUUGGAGUCCAGCCCACGUUGUUGAGCGGAAGCUUUAGUUGUCCAAACAACUUUCACUCAUUGAAUUUUUUCCUGAUUGUAGCCUCUUUCUCGAUUCUGCUGUUGGAGGUCAACCUUUUAGGUUAACGGACCGUGACGGCCCUUCUCCAGGGUUCGAAUGAAUGGUUUCAGGCAAAUUCUUCUCAUUGAUACCUCAUUCAUAAAAUUUAAUAAUCUCAAAAUAACUGAUUGAAAGACUCUUUAAACAACUUUUUAUUAUUUGAAUCGAACUGAAUAUAGCCCAAAAUAUAAUGUUUCUACUGAAAAUCGA